AUGUUACCUAAAGAGUAUCAAGACAUGAAAUCCACUAACAGUUCGCGGAUCAGCAGGUUGUGCUUAAAACUGCUACAUCAGUUUCCUUUUGCAUAUGCAAGUCUAAAUUCUAGCAGCAUUUCUAACGUCGAAUCAGCCCUUGAGGAGAAUGAUACAGUGACAUCAGUUUGGGCAGAGUUUGAUAACAUAGCUCGAAAGCACAGUGAAAACUUGAAGAUCAGCCAUAUUAAUCCUAACAGCGUUGGUGGCUUCAAAUUCUAUGAAAUAAAAUCUUGGCUACUCUCUAGUAGAUUUGACAUUUUAGUUAUUUAUGAGACCAAGAUUGAUGCAAGU